CAUUUCUCGGCGCUCCCCCUCUGCGAACUGCCAAUCCAGAUCCAGGCUACUGCAACUCAUAAAUCUAUAUAGUCACCCGUACGAGCCGCUACCUCUUUGCCAGCCGCAACGUCAGACCUUCCCAUCACCGAAAUCGACUUUACGUUUUGCCACUCCAUACUUGUCCGCCCCCAUCAAUUUUGACUUGCGAACGAGGUCUUGGCAAUGUCGAGCGCGGAGCUGGAACUCCUGUUUGCUAUGCCUCAUGUGUCCAUACGGACCGAGGAGGCGAACCCAACCAUUGGAUAUCUAUGUCUCAUAAGUCAGAGUGACGCCGGAAAUUUGCUGGCAUGGGUUCCUCGUAAGACCAUUCCGAGGGUAGAGCUGGACGCAUAUGCCGAGGUCGUGUCCAGGACACGAAAAGCACGGAAGAACUGGGGUCAACCGUUAGCAGACAUCAUAAGAGACGGACAGAAGUAUACCCUCUCAGGCCUCACAGAAUCUAUAUCGGCACCGCUGGACGACAUCGACCGGCUCGGGAUCGGCCGGGACUUGACGCUGAAUAAAGGCGAGGAGGUGUGCUUGGUCAGGUUGACCGUGAAUUUGACGUUUGGAGGCGCCCAGUUACCCGAUCUGUGGUUCGAGAACGACGAUUUUGGAAGGCCGCCGUCUUUAGAGGACGUGGAAGAGGAUCUGCGGGGGUGGUUUGAGGCGAUUGGGAAGAAUCUUGCAAAGGCACCAACAGACGGCAGACCGAACGCCGACGCCUCGCAUAUGUUCCAGUACCGUCUAUCCGACAAGUUCGAGCUGCCAGCAGAUGCAACCCUGCUCGGGAAACCGCAAACUCGUAAAUGGCCAGAAGGGUGGCCAGCUGUUCCGGAAGAGUCGGCGGUGCAUCGGUUUGGGUCGUAUGGAUUCAAUGUCGUCACGCAGAUUGUGGGGCAGCCUAUGGCAAACAAAAUUGAGGACGUUGGCUGGAACAUGCUUGAGCGCUUUUCCAAGGUUACCAACAUCGCCAAGAACACCACCGUACAAGUCCUCGAACACCCACUCGCACGCCCCAUCCUCCCCUACAUUCCGCAAAACGUCCGGUCUCUCUUCCUCUCAUCAGCCGAAGCCGAAGCGCUACUCGCCGAAUACGAGCCUGCAGGCCAAUACGUUGCUCGAUUUGCCGCAGACCUGCAGAGCCGGCUGGGGAGUCACCCUACCCCACCGCCUCAACUGAAGAAGGACAAAACGCGGGAUUUUGAAGUGCUUUCUGUCGGCCGUCGCCACCAUCGGACUGGGGAAGCAUUAUCCGCAGAGCAGUGGAUCUCUUGGUAUGACCACACGGGGAAGUUGACAUUGUCAGAGCGGGAGAUCAGAGCCAUUGUCUUUUCCGGGGGUGUCGAGAACGAUGUGCGGGUGGAUGUCUGGAAGUACCUGCUGAAAGUAUACCCCUACGACUCCACCGACGCCGAGCGGACCUUGAUAAUGGAAAAGCGGAACACCGAAUACGAAGACAUGAAAGCCCAAUGGCAAUCCAUCCUCCUCGAUGUCGCGCAAUCCGAAGCAGCAGCCCUCAAGGCCGGCCUCACCCUCGAACAGCGCGAGUCGCAAGCCGGCGACGAGAAGGAGGACGCGGACGUGGUGACCAAGAUCAAGGAGCGCAAGUACCGCGUCGAGAAGGAUGUGGUGCGGACGGACCGGACGAUACCCUUUUUUGCAAACUUGGCGGGUGAGGAGGAGAUCAGUCCGGUGUCGCCGUCGGAUAUGCAGGAGGUGAUUUCGGCGAAUAGGAAUUUAGAGAUGUUGAGGAAUAUUUUGGUUACGUAUACUAUGUACAAUUUUGAAUUGGGAUAUGUGCAAGGCAUGAAUGACCUCCUCGCACCGAUACUAGUAGUGAUGCAGAAUGAGAAUGAGGCGUUUUGGUGUCUUGUCCAGUUCAUGGAAGUCGUUCAGUCGAACUUCUUCCGGGACCAAAGCGGUAUGCGGAAGCAGCUCCGGCGCUUGGAGCUACUCAUCAAGUUGAUGGACCCAUACCUUUACGCUCACAUGGAGAUUACAGACAGCAUCAAUCUCUUCUGCUGUUUCCGGUGGCUCCUGAUCUACUUCAAGCGCGAGUUUGAGUUUGCCGACAUCAUGCGGCUGUGGGAAGUCAUGUGGGCCUGCCCGCUGACGAAGGAGUUCCACCUGUUUGUCGCAUUUGCGAUCUUGAAUCAGCAUCGGCAGGAGUUGAUGGCCAAAACUGCUUUUGAUGAGACGCUGAAGUACAUCAACGACCUAUCCGGCCACAUACACCUCGAAAGCACCCUCGAACGCGCCGAGAUCCUCUUCAAAGUCUUUGGCGAGCGCAUCGGUGAAGCUGCGCGCGAAAAGCUCGGCGUCGACCUCGCAGUCGACGCGGGCGCCGAGGACGAUGAUGCGCUGUUCCGCGUCGUGCGUGAGGGUUACCUGAGUGUUCCACCGGGUGGGAGGCGGUCACCGUCGCCGGCCAGGGGGAGAACAAGCACGGCAUCGUCGGCGGCGGCUAAUGGGACGGUUGAGUGCUCGGAGGAGGAGUUGUGGGAGUUGAUUGAGCUUCUGCAGAAGCGAUAGCAACCCCCCGGGACACUUUACUCUAUAUGUAGGUGAGAUUCCCUGAUGGGGCGACGUACAUUACCUGCGAGAGGAAAAACCAGUUGGAGGAGUGUUGGCUUUUCUCUCAGUUGUAAUUUAGUAAGUGGCAGCCGAUAUCCCUUCCUUUUAAUACUGUAUGUAAUCCAUCCCCCUGUUCUGCUUUUUUUCUGCUUUAGGAUGUAGUGUAAUAAGUCGCAGGAACAAAUGUAUCUUUCUUUUUUUUUUGGAUUUGGGUACCAUUUCCUGAUGAAUUGACGUGACUUUGCUCAAGGCUUUUCUGGAACCCCC